UGGUUGUUAAAUGGUGUGCAAUCUGAUUUAUCCACUUCGAACCAGAUUUUUUCUGUAAUGGGAGUGAGUGGCUUGAGUGAGUGUGAAACUGGGUUUGAGUGACAGCCUUGAACUGGUAACGAAGGAAUCUUCAAGAGGGAGAAAAAAAAGAGCCUAGCCCAAUCGACGGAUCCUGGCCACCCUUUCCCCAAGCUGUGCAAGUCAAGCAACUACCAAAAAAGUCCGGGCAGUUGGUCGGCUCGUCAUAUUUCCUACCUCGGACAGCUAGCUCGGCACCUACCUGAUCUAUCCCUCGAGUCGCGUUGCCCCUCCCAUCAGCACCGUCGCCCGGGCAUAAUCUAUCGCUCAAGGAGGGACAAAGACGUUGUUUUCCUCUAUUGUCAGAGGCCACAGCAUCGUUUACGCCCACGACUACGUACCCUUCUCGCGGUUUAAUUGCAUCGAACAGCCAAAAACCCUUUACGGACUCGUCCGUCUGUUGUCGUGUCGUCGCGCCACCACACCCCGAACCAAACUGAUCGUAUCGGGCAGUCUUGGGCAACCAACUCUGAUUGUUUCCAACCACCUGAACCUGAGCAUUGACGAACCAAACCAAAGAUCUGAACCGCUCCAAACUUUGUGUUGAUCCUCUCAGAUCGUUGUUCGAUUCAAACCAGGUAACGCACCUGGACCUGCAAGACCAGAUCAUCAUCUGAAGUACGGACGAACACUAGCAAGUUUUCUCGGACGUGCGCAACCGUCGACUGGUCAGCUUGCAUCAUUUCCCGCAAGCUUACCUAGACCAUUCUAUGCGCGAACGUUUUGUCUCGAACUGUUGUUAGCUGCCAGUCACCAAGUCCCGACCCUGAUCCUGCCGUAUUAGUUACCAGGCACGAACCCUGGGCUCCCCUGGCUUUCUUUUGUGCGGGUGGGCUCUCCGCCUGGGUUACGCUGCGACGAGCAAAGCGGCUUCCAACUCACUUCAACCCAACCCUUACCGCCGACUACCACCGCCAUCCAGUCGCCGUCCGCUGCGCUUGCACCAGCGCCCGACCGCUCGUUCCCAACGCAUAUAGCAACACCUUCAUUCCGUUGGGUGCAUAAUUCCCCCAAAACAAAACAAAAAAAUUAAUGGACCCGAUCACCGGUGCACUGUACGAUUGAACUCGCAUCGAUUGAAUGCAGACGUCGAACCAUCUUUGUUAGAGUUAUAGCCGCUGCACGUACGCAAGCACGUCGCGCAUCAACAAUGUCAACCACCACCCUCCCGAGGGCGGCCAACGGGCCACCGACCUCGGCCCUCCCCGCCUUGCCCGUCGGGAAAACACGAAAGGCCGCUGGAGGCAUCGUCGCCCCCUCACGUUCAGCCAGCAGCACACCUAGGAGCGGCCUGCGCGCUCCAUCAACCUCCUUUCUUCCUCCCUCAACGCCAGCACCAACAACUGCGUUACCACAGCCGCGAUCGGUCUCUGGUAUUGUUGGCCCAGGUACCAAGACCAUCCGCAAGACAGUCAGCAUCAACUCAUUUCCUCAACCUCCUCGUGGCGAUAGCGGCCGUGCCAGCCUUCCACCCAGUCCCCUCUCCAGUGGCGCAUCCGCCGCCCGAAGACCGAAAACCGCGAUAAGUACAGAUACCCACACCUCGGGAAACACGCCAAGCCUGCUAAACGGCUCAGAAGGAAUAAAAUCUGUCCGUAAUGCGGGCGCCAGGAGCUCCGAUGGCUUCAUCAGUGUAGGAUCACCGCCACAGAGUCGUAGCUCAUCAGCACAAGACUCAUACUCAACCUCGGCAACGCAGUACGACGAUAUGACGGAUGGCACGCAACAGAAGUCAGGCGCCGGGGGCGAAAGCAAGAGAACAUCAAAAAUCGAUGGCAAGGGAAAUGUGAUAGUCAGCGUCAGGGUGCGACCUGAUGCGGGCUCUAAUGAUCACGGGAGGACAGAGGGAGAAUGGAUGGUCGAUGGAAGAAGGUCGCUCAUUUCAUACCGCGGCAAAGAGGGUGGUGAUUACUUCUACGAUAAUGUUUUCGCAACACACGACGACAACUCAAAGGUAUAUGAUCACAGUGCCAAGCGCUUGGUCAGGAGAGUCAUGGAGGGCUACCACGGCACUGUGUUUGCGUAUGGAAUGACGGGUACUGGAAAGACUUUCUCCAUGCAGGGUACUGCUUCGUCACCUGGAGUUAUUCCACUAGCGAUCACGGACAUCUUCUCAUAUAUCCGAGAGACACCCUCGAGGGAGUUUCUGUUACGCGUCAGCUAUCUGGAGAUCUACAACGAAAGGAUCCAUGAUCUCCUUAGCAUGCCGACCGGCGGGGUUGGCGGUAACACGGCUCAAGAGGAGAUCAAGUUGCGUGAGGACAGCAAGCGUGGAGUCUAUGCCAGUCCGCUCAAGGAGGAAAUCGUGCAAAGUCCGACCCAGCUGCUGCGUGUCAUUGCACGUGGUGACCAGGCGCGCAGGACGGCCAGCACACAGUUCAACGCCAGGAGUUCUCGAAGCCACGCUGUCGUACAGAUUGUUGUGGAAAGUCGGGAACGAGUACCGGGUACUGCUACGCCGGGUGGCGACAGCAAGCGGUCCGGCAUGCUUCCCGGCGGCGUACGUGUCUCCACUUUGAGCUUGAUCGACUUGGCAGGCUCAGAAAAGGCUGCCGAGAGCAAGGAGCGCCGUACCGAAGGCUCGCACAUCAACAAGAGCUUGUUGACUCUAGGCACAGUUAUCUCGAAACUGUCCGAAUACAAGGACAAGGACGGAAAGAUGUCUGACAAGGAUGGAAAACAUCUCCCGUACCGAGACAGCAAGUUGACUAGGCUGUUGCAAGGCGCCCUCUCUGGCAAUUCACUCGUCAGCAUUCUCUGUACGAUCCAGACUGGCGCUGGAGGUAGCGUGGCUGGAGGGAAUACACACGUCAGUGAGACGAUCAACACACUCAAAUUUGCAGCACGCGCCAAGAACAGCAUCGUCAGUCAUGCGAAGAAGGCUGAGGAAGCUCUUGGAGCAGGUGGCGAGGGUGGUGCGAGGGUUCUUCUUGAGAGAUACCGUAUGGAAAUCCAGGAGCUCAAGUCUCAGCUGAAUUCGCAAGCGAAGGGCAACAAGGGAAAGGAUACCGAAGAAGACAAGACAAAAGAUGUCGAGGAGGAAAAGGCUCGCGAAAAAGAAGCCGAGCAUCGCCACGAGGAGCAGCUUCUCGAGAUGCAGCUUGCGCGCACAGCACUCAAGGAGAGAAUCGACCAUCUGAACAGGCUGAUUUUGAGCUCCAAAUCGACAGGCGUCAACUCGAACGGGUCAUACAGCUCGCUGGGAAUGCACCCUCGAUCGUCGCUCGUCUCGGUUAGGUCAAUGGGUACAACCAGUGGGCGAUCUCUUCUGGAGAGGACAUCGUCAAUGACAUCAUCUUCUUCUACUCUUGGCCGACGCACCAGCAGCCGGCGGGUGUCGAGCAGUGUGGGAGAGAUGAAUGUUGAGGAAGACGACAGUCAUGGCGAAUAUGGAGACGGGGUAGCAUCUCUGGCGGCUCAAAACCGUGCGCUGCAGGCCGAUCUGACGGACAAGAACCGAUACAUCGCAACGCUGGAGAAGCGCUUGCUACAGGCUAGGAGGACAAGUUCAGCACGGGCAUCAGUCGGUAUGGGAGGUUCCAAGGGUAUCAUGGUCGGCGAGGACCACAGCGUAGCGACAGUAAUCAAGGAGAAGGAUGCCGAGAUUGCCGAGCUUCGUGCUCGUCUGGACGACAAGGAUCGGAUGCUGAGUGCACUGCGGAGCGCCGCGCGGUCGAGGGACAAUGCGGACCGAGUCGAGUCGCGGACCGAGAUGCGGACAUCACAGAUCAUGGACGGCAGUGCAAAAUCGCCGAGCGAGCCGCGCACAUCACAGAUCAUGGAAGGGCUAGCGAAGCCAAAAUCCCCGCUGGGGUCACCACCAAGUGAAGCAGCACCGUCACCGCCAUCGCUUGCUCGACAAAUGUCUGGGAUUAAGAAGCGGACAAAGAGCGUGGACGAAAUGAGCCGCAUACUUGAUGAGAUGAUUCAGGAUCGUGUCGAGAGUGGCCAAAUUGUUCGUGGCGUGCGCGGCAGCGUCAGAAUUGCCAGCGAACGAAAAGCCCCUGCCAUCCCAGCGGACGACCAGCUUAUGCAUGAACCGAAGCCUGCGUUAGCUUUGCAGGUCUGAAGCAUGUAAUGCUUCACUGACUGCUUAGCCUGGUAGCUUUUUCUUCUUUUCUUUUCUUUCAUACACUUUCCACGUUUUCUCCAGAGGACUCUCCUCUCUCAGAUUCUACCCCCGCGGGUUCACAUUGUUUCCUUCUCGGCACAAACAUUAAUGGGUUGUCUUUUGAAAAAGAAAAAACAAGGGGUUGGUGCUGUCUUUUUUCCUGGGAUGACUUAUUGAUCUGGAGUUGUAUUCCUAUCUUUGGGCUUGGAUUGUUUCAGUUUUUCUUGAUACCAGCUGGCGGCUAUAUAUUCUUUUCUUUUCUUUCUUAUGUCGGUGUUUUCCUUGUUCGCUGGCUGGUGUCGUUCCUAUACCCGACCUAAGAUCGUUUCCUUCUUGGGUCUUUCCCUGACUUUCGUUGCUGUUUUGGUUUCGUAUUUUCGCCUUGAUGUCAGUCAGUACGGGCUCGCUCUCUUUUUUUCUUCUUGCAAACUUUGGGCUGUAUUAUAUAUAUAUCCACGCUUAAAUAGGGGUGCAGUAGAGCUUUACAUGAUGGGAGUGUUGUCGCAAGUUUUGGUUGUUUGGGAGGCAAGCCCUUGCAAACAACAGAGGAAAAAGCGACAGAGCGAAAUAAAAAAAAAAGAGAAUUCCUUUCAGGUUGUGUGCCGUACUGAUGACACAUUUGUGCUCUCUCCCUCGAGCUUCACGUACUUGAGGUGAUACUUGGUACUGUAGU